UUUAUAUUACUAUGUUUUUGUCAGCUUUAGCUGAGUGUUUUACUAGCAAUUAUCACUUUCAAGAUUUUCAUGGUAAAAACUUGUAAAUCACAAUAAACUGAGUUCUUGUGAUUGGUCUUUAUUGAAAGUUUUAACUUAUUUUAUCCAUAUAGUGUAAAUGCAGUUCAGUGCUUUCAUAGUAUUUGAAGGUUUUUGUGAGUUUACACAUGCUUUAGAUUUUAGUAAAACCCAAUGAUAUUUGUCCAAUUUGCAAAGUAAUGUAAUUUUUUUUGCAUUUGCCGUACUCUUCUGUUUAUCCAAUAAUGUCUUUAGUGAGGACGUUGUUCUAUAGCUGCAUAAUCUCAUAAUUGCUCAAGUCAUUAAGGUUUUCAUCCAGGGAUGUAUGGAUACAGCAUCUAAUUUCACAUCAUCCCAUUGAUGAAAUUCAAAAUGAUCACCAGGUUGAAGUAUCAGGAAAAAAAUGAGUAAAGUUGAAAAGUGCAAGAGGUCUUUCUAAACGCUGUAGUAAUAAUAUGCUAAUGCCAAUCUCAUGCUUAAGUCCACUGUGUUAUCAAAAGUUUGUAAUCUAAAGUAAAAAGCAUUUCUUUCUGUUCAGUUCACUUCUACUCUUUUCAAAUCUGUAUAUUAAUUUUAACCUUCUAAAGUUGUCUCUUUUCCAAUUGUUUUAAUUACUGUACUUUUUCAUUAUACACUUGAUUGUUUCAUUUCUUCUUGAUAUCUUUCCAUUCUUUCCUUUUCUUCUUCUGCCUACCAAUAAAGGAGAAGGAAGGAGUAAGUACUGAACAAGUAGCAGAUGAGGAGGAUAAUACUCCGGUACAAGAUGAUGCAGAAGAUGAGGAGGUAUCCAUGAUUCAUUCAGAAUCUCUUUCUGACCAUGAGAGUAAAACUAAGUAUUACAGGGAUAUCCUAAAUAGUCUAAAACAGGAGGAGAUGACAAAUGGAAGUGUGCCCUCAGUAGGUAGAACCAUACAAGUUAUUUCACCUGCAAGGGGAUCUCCAUUGUAUGGUCUACCGGAUUGGUGGGGUGAGAAGGAUCUAGAGGGUGAUCCGGGUGUUCGGCCUAGAACAGGUACAUUUGGCAAGAACGAUAAGGAGAAAAUAUUGAAAUCACCAACCUCAGCCAAAUCACCAUCUUCACUCAAGUCUCCAACUAGUCCUCUUGCCAGCUCCCAAACGAUGACAAAACGUCCCACUGACCUGAAGCCUACAGUCCCAGUGAAAAGGCCACCAACUCCUGAAGAUACCGAGGUCACAAUGACGUCCACCAGUGAUCACCAUGUCGGCUUCACCAUAGAAUUUGGCACCACCAAAGAGACAGCACCUAAGCUUUCAUUGAAUGAAAGUCUUAGUGCGUUUAUGCCUUCAGCGGUAAAGACUAAAAUAAAUGAGAGUGUUAAAAUAGUUGAAGAGUUAAAAGCUGAACGAAAACAGUCCGAGAUUGUUUCUCCCGCUCCUAAAAGAAGAGGAUCAAAACCACCCACAGAUCUGCACUUAGAUUUUACAUCCAAGAAAAAAUCAAAUGAAGUAGCCAGUCCAACCACAGAGAAAACAAAAGCUGCGUAUCAUAGCAACAGCAAGAAAGAAGUGACGAGCAGGACAUCAGCAUCGCCCUCCCAUCUUAGUGUACCCGGGUACACAAGGCGGCCUCCUUUAAGCAAGAGCUCUGAUGAUUUGCGACCUGAAAACGAGAAUCAUCUGCAUAUAGAUGAGGAUCAUUUGAGCGACACUGGAACGUACACUAUUGAGAGCGAGAAUCCGUCGAUGGAUCUUAAAAGGGCACGUGAACAGAUUGAUGAUGUUUUUGGUGUUGCUGAGAUUGAUGAUGAUCAUCUGGUUCAUGGCAGGGAUCACCUCUUGGACAAAAAUAGUGGUGAUGACACCGAUAAUGAUGUCGAUGACAUGGAAGAUGAAGAUGGAAUUCAGCAGACUAUAAUCCACCAUCAAAAUAACAGUCCCGCUGAGUCUGGUACCCCUCUCUGGAUAUCAAAGUGGGCCUCAAAUGCUAGUAGCAAUGUCCACCAAUUGCCCUCGAAUGCGCCCGACCUUGUGAAGACGACUGCCAGCUCAAAAGGUAAAGAGUCCAACCAGGUAGAAAUGUUAACAACUUUCUGCAUAACUUCUGUUCAAAUUCAAGGUGAGAUCAACACUACAUGAAUUCAUAAUAUCUUA